CUUCUUUGCACGUCCUGUGGAUUUAAAGACUGAAGAUUAUGAAACUUUCUGUUGAAGUUUCUACAAAAGAUGAAGGAUUUAUUGAAUCCUGUGAUAGAAUUUUGUUCAUUGUGCUCACGUUCUCUGGUAUCGGAUCUAUGAAUAGAUGGCUUGAACAAUUGCUCAAAAAGUCCAUUCAUCUUGAAUGUCAAACAUGCUUUAUGCUUAGCAUAGGGACUCCCGUUUUAUACUGGUGCUUGAUACAUGUAGCAGAGAGGGAUCCGGGACUAGAAUGAAAAGAGUUGGAACAUUAUCAGCUCAUGAUCUUUCGUACAAAUUUAUCAAAGUUACAUGAGUUUUUGCAUAUGACCAAGCAUAGUUCUCUUAAAUAAUUGUUCAAAUAUAUGCACAAAUGCUUGGAAAAUGCCAGAUAUCUGAGAGUACAUAUACAGUGUGUACAUAAUUUCAGCCUCUAAUGCCAGUGUGAACAAAGUGAAAUCAAGUAAAGGUUGUAUCGUUGACUUGUCUGUUCCAGAUAAAAUCUAACAUACUGUGAACGGUAGGAAUACAGAUUCUGUACAAGAGUGUACAUGGCCGGUUUGUAUCAAUUUAUUUCCUGGCCAAAUAAGCAAAUAGGCUAGCAAGUGAGUCAGUAUUAUUGUGCAUUGGAAACGGAUUGUUGGAAGCUUUUACUCCAGAUUUAUGGGCUCUGGUCUGUCUUUCUUUUCUUUUACACUCUGUGAAGGCGUAUUCCAAAGAGUUCUUUUUCCUCCUUGAACCAUGCAUACAGUGUGUGUAAAAAUGUCCACUGUCAUCAGGAUGCCAGACUGAGUAAUUUAUCAACACAAAGAGCACAGUUUGCUGUUGCCAGUGCAGACUUCAACAGAAUUACUUCAGAAGUGGCCUUGAGAGUUAUUUCUUGAGAUCCGGCCACAUUUACCGUUCAAUUAAAAUUAAUGUCUGAGUGAAAAGAAGCCAGUUCCAAGUCCUGCAGUGUAAGGGUAUAAGUAUGCUUUUCUAAUCGCUGGCCUAGGGAGUACGAGUAGACCCAGGAGUGUCAUUGUCUUUUCUUUUCCUAUUUCACUUCCCAAUUGUAUUCUUAGCUUGCGCUGAGUCACUUGACAUCUUUAGGAGGCUUGUGAGAGAUACAGUUGUGUCGGUUGCUAUUGUUCUGAUUGCCAAUUGUCAGUGGCCUUGAUUGCUAUCUGUCAUUUAUCAAGAAUACAUUGUUCCUGCCUGGAUGACAAGUGUUGCUGUGACAAUAUGCGCACCUCCUCCUAUUGUUCUUUUCAUUUGGUGUCUGUCUUUGUGCUUCAUUGUAUCGUCUUCACACUGUUCUUGGCAGAUGCCAGAGGUAGGGCAUUGCCGUAGGGUCUCUGCAGUUACAUGGCUAUAAUGUCAUUUCUGUGAUUGAACGGUUGACUUAACCCUGUCGCAUGGAAUUGGUAGACUGGCACAGGUUUGGUCAGCUUGCAUUCUGAGCUUUUGUGUUUACAAAGUGAUCACCAUGGGAAACCAACAAGCAUGCAUCCGUCCUAAAGAUGCCAAGCUGACACAGAAUAUGUUCAAGGUGCGGAACGUUGACGACAUGGGGUCCGAAAUCCAGCGGGCUGUGAUAGAGGUUACCAAGACGGACAUCAUCCUCCAUCAGCGAGGCAAGGAGCCCAUCAAGUGGCCCCUGAGAAGCCUGCGACGUUAUGGCUUCGACAAGAAACUCUUCUCCUUUGAGAGUGGACGGCGGUGUGCGACAGGUCCAGGUAUCUACGCCUUCAAAUGCAAACGUGCUGAAUUCCUCUUCCGCCAUGUGCAAGAGAAUGCCCAGGCCUGUGGCAAUGGCCGUUAUGGUAGCAGCUACUCCUCUUCGUCUGCCGAGGCAGCGAAUGAGGCAGCAUCUCCCACCCACCAGCCCAGUUCCCCAGCCCUCUCAGCCUUCUCCACAGACUCGCCCAGCCUGGCCGCGUUCAGGAACGGCACUGCUUACGGAGGGACCAGCUACAUUGGCAGAACGGCCUCAACUGCAUCAUCACCGGGUGCACAGACCCCUUCAUCCCCGAAUGCAUCAGUGCACUACAUCAAUGCAAACUCCUUCCCGGAUAUCCCAGAAUCCCCUCAAGAAAGCAUGGCUGACUCAUCCUCUGUCACUGCCAACUUGUUACCUCGGCUUAGUGAGGAGAACAUUGGGUCUCCGUCAGAAGAAAACGACCCCAAUGUAAACUAUGCACGGCUUAAGCAUGACAUGGAUGAGGAUUCCACUGACGUUGGCAUUACAGAGACUGACGCUGUGAUGCUGGUCCAGAAUGACGUCAACGGCAACAUGGACAGAGUCGGGAUGCCACCUCUGACCAUGCUGAAACCCACCAGCCUCCCCGAGUCCCACUACAUGAAACCCUCCUCGGUGCAGGACAUCGUGAAUGGCAACACAAUGCCCUUGAAAAGCAGCCUGAGCUUGAGCAGCAAUGCAGGUGUUAUCAGCUCAACGAACUCUACCUCAGAGACAGUUACUCAUGAGAACCAGACCAGCAGGGCCUCGCCUGUGUCAAUUACGACUCCAAUGAGUCUGGUCUCCCAGACUUCCCUCACAACUCCCAGCAGCAGGACUUCUGGGUGUAGCAGCUACUAUGCGAAUCUAGACAUGGUCGGGGAACUCCCCCAUAACAAUUUUGUCUUUUGCUGUGACCUGCGAUCACCCUGCAGUACCUCCUCCAGCAAAGGCAGUGGGGGUUCUGAGUUUAUUUUUGAUGGCAGCGUCGCAGGAAACCGAUCACCAGCGAGUGAGCACAGCUAUGCCAACCUGGACGCGCUGUCGGAAGUCGGGAUGAGGUCGGCUGUGUACAAUGGGAACUCGAGUGUGGUUCUCCAGCCGGCUCCCAAAGGCCGCAUGAAUUAUGCUGACCUGGACAUGGAGAGCUUGGAAGCGGUUCAGACCACACCCACAAUCCAGACUCGCCAGAGUCGCAGCUCUAGCAUGACCAGCUCCCCGCCGAAGACUCCUGCCAGUUUGAACUCAGAGGGUUCGAGUCGCCGGACCGACACCUAUGCCAUGAUUGAUUUCAACCGGACUACUGCAUUGGCCAACUCUCAGCGGCAAAUUGAUGAAUCAGAUCUUCCCGGAGGCCCCCUGAGACGGACAAGACAUGAUAGCAAAAUCCGAUAGUUGAAUCUGGUUUGAUAAAAUAGCAAGAUUCCUUUUUCACAAACAGUCAGUUAUGUUAUUGACCAGUAGCAUUCACUUGAGAUUUCAUUUCCAUACUGAUGCCAGGUCAGCUACAGCAGUCCGCCAGAUUUAUUUCCAUUGUCAAAUUUUCCAAUGAGAUCUACACGUAUUAUUACUUUGAAUCGCAGACAGUGGCUACAAGUUGUAUUGAAUGAGUCACUUGAAUUAAAAUGCAAAUCUAUUUCAAUUUAGAUAUUAUCAAAUGCAAGCAUUGAAAUUACCAGGACUAUGUGAAAAAAAAGUGGUAUAUUUUCUUAGCAGCACUCAUUAUGUACUCAGCCAAAUGAGCAGUCUCAGAUGUCUAAGUAUUAUGUAGCUGGUAUAGCACAGUGAUGCAGUAACACAUCCUGUUCAUUGUACAUUCUUUGCCAUUUUGCACCGACAGACACAUAAACAUGAUCUGACUAUCUAUGCUCGGGCAAAUCUGAGCUAAUACGCCGUGGGGCUUUUCUUUUGUAUACACAGACACAAAGUUGGGAGGGGGUCUGCAUAGGCAGACCAUGUGUUGUAAUUGAAACUGGCUGCAAACGUCACUUUGUGGGCAGGCCACCGAGGUGUUGAAAAGUAUGCAGUUGCGGUCAGAUAUGGAAGGUACUAUUCAGACGACUCUUGCAAACCAGUGGUUGUGUCUUCUGGUUGUACAUGCACAUGAGACGAUUAGCUGACGAUUUUGCCCUUUUCGGAAAGUGGAAAUUCUCAGUCAACACUACAUAAAUAGUAACUGGUUGGCUGACUGAUCAUGACUGAAAGAACAGCUUUAAUAGAACUUACAUUUCCAAUCAAGGGUUUAUUGUAUUUACAAAUUUGUAACCUGUAUAAAUCUUGUGGGAAAAGGGGAGUUUUUCCCCUUAAGGAAAAUGAGAGUUUAAUUUAAAUGCCUGUUUCCCAGGGACCAUGCCCUUUCUUCCCUCUACUGUUUGACUACUAAACAUUUCAUUGAAUUCCGCACCAGUGAUCAAGUGUGAUGCACACAAAGCCCGUUAACUGCAAGUAUUUCUUCGUGGUCUACAUAGUAGAAACGUACUACAAGAUUACCUUUCUCAAAAGCAUCAAGGAAGCAUCACCGUUACUGGUAUUAAACUCGCCAUUUCACCAUGGGAACCUUUUUUGCAGUUCUCUGUUGUGGGUCUAGGUGAGUGUAAUAAACUUUGUGCAUAUUAUAUUGGUAUUAUCUUCUGCUAUGUGCUUGUAGUGAAUUUUUAAUAUAAUCAAAAGAUUUUCAAAACACCGUUUUUACUUAGUAGCCUUUGUAGGCAGAAUUUUAUUCAAAAUUUUAAUUUUAGAUUACUAAUGCAUGUACAGGUAAUUACAUGUUUUUUGUGCAAAGUCAUAUGGUUUUUUUUAUUGUGUUUGUAUGAAAUAAUUUCCUUUUUCAUCCAGGUUUUAUUGUUUGUAUAUGUAGUUUUUACUCCAUGUAAAGAGAUGUAUAUUUCUUCUGUCGUCUUUUUCUGUGAAUACAUUGACAUUAAAGUAAAAUGAAAUACAGCCCGUGUACUGCCGUGCAGAAUCACUGGGUGAUGUGCAUUCACAAAUAUUUUCCUGAUUCUAGGUUUUUCCCUAUAUUGCAGGUUUCCACACCAUCCAAAUGCCUUUUCUGUUUGAAAAUGUCAUAUUCCAAACUUACGACAACAUUAAAACAUGAAAAAAAUACUCGGUCAUCUCCUCGUACGUUGUUUUUAAUCUGAGAAAUGAGGAGUGUAGAAAGUGGACUUUUGUCUUGGCUUGUUUGGCGAUAAGUAAUUGUAAGAUGAAUGUCUAUCAAACUUUGUAUCAGUCACCGAAGAACUGUGAACGUGAACAGGCAGUGUUUUGAUGGUGUA